UUUAAAACCCAUUUUUGUAAAUAUUAUCAUUAUUAUUAGUUGAUUGAUGAUGGCAAGAUUGAUAAUUCCAUGCAAAGGUUCAAGCUUUCAGAGGACUUGUCUCUUGGGUUUGAUUUCAUCUGCUCAUCUUCAAGCAAUUGGCCUUGUCCCGUCAGUAAAAUUUUCAAACACUAUCUCCAAGUAUAGACAGUAUCAUAGUUCACAGCAGAUUAUACAUAGGAGUAGCAGACUUCAAUACUAUUCUUUACCGAGGAAAAAUCCAACAAGUAGGAUCCUUGUUCGUUCCGUGGCAACACAACCUGCACCAAAGUCAGUUGAAGAAUCGAAAAUGGACGCCCCUAAAGAAAUCUUUCUAAAAGAUUAUAAAGUACCUGACUACUACUUUGAUACGGUGGAUCUAUCCUUCACGCUGGGGGAGGAGGAAACAAUUGUGUCUGCAAAAAUCAGCGUUGUUCCGAGAAUUGAUGGUGCCGCCUCUCCAUUAGUCUUGGAUGGGGUUGAUCUCAAGCUGAUUUCUGUUAAAAUUAAUGGCGAUCAUGUGAAGGAGGGAGAUUUCCACCUGGAUUCACGCCAUCUUAUUCUCACUUCACCACCAAGUGGGAACUUCAUUUUGGAAACAGUCACUGAGAUUGAGCCUCAAAUGAACACCUCACUAGAGGGCCUUUACAAGUCUUCUGGUAAUUUCUGCACACAAUGUGAAGCAGAAGGUUUUCGAAAGAUAACAUUUUACCAGGAUCGUCCUGAUAUUAUGGCAAAAUAUACUUGUCGUAUCGAGGCUGACAAGUCACUGUACCCUGUGUUGUUGUCAAAUGGAAACCUCAUUGAUCAAGGCGACCUAGAGGGUGGGAAGCAUUUUGCCAUUUGGGAGGAUCCCUUCAAGAAGCCAUGCUAUCUCUUUGCCUUAGUUGCAGGACAGCUGGAGAGCCGAGAUGACACAUUCACUACCUGCUCAGGUCGUGAAGUGGCAUUGAGAAUUUGGGUCCCCGCACAGGAUUUGCCAAAAACGGAACAUGCUAUGUAUUCUCUCAAAGCAGCCAUGAAGUGGGACGAAGAUGUCUUUGGUCGUGAAUACGAUCUUGAUAUCUUUAAUAUUGUGUCUGUUCCAGAUUUCAACAUGGGAGCCAUGGAAAACAAGAGCUUAAACAUCUUCAAUUCCAAGCUUGUUUUGGCAUCGCCAGAAACCGCUACAGAUGCCGAUUAUGCUGCAAUUCUGGGUGUCAUAGGUCACGAGUACUUCCAUAACUGGACUGGCAACAGAGUGACAUGUCGGGACUGGUUCCAAUUGAGUUUGAAGGAAGGUCUAACCGUUUUUCGUGACCAAGAGUUUUCUUCUGAUUUGGGAAGCCGCUCAGUCAAGCGAAUUGGUGACGUUUCAAAGCUCCGUAUUUACCAAUUUUCACAGGAUGCAGGUCCAAUGGCUCACCCUGUUAGGCCCCACUCUUACAUUAAGAUGGACAACUUCUAUACAGUGACGGUGUAUGAAAAAGGAGCUGAAGUUGUGCGCAUGUACAAAACAUUAUUGGGAAGUGAAGGAUUCAGAAAGGGUACCGAUUUGUAUUUUCAAAGACACGAUGGGCAAGCUGUAACUUGUGAAGAUUUCUUUGCUGCUAUGCGAGAUGCUAAUGAUGCAGAUUUUGCUAAUUUCUUGUUAUGGUAUUCACAAGCUGGGACUCCUAUUGUGAAGGUUACAUCUUCUUACAAUGCUGAGGCUCAUACCUUUUCUCUGAAAUUUAGUCAAACGGUGCCGCCUACGCCUGGUCAACCCAUUAAAGAGCCGAUGUUUAUUCCGGUGGCUGCAGGGCUUCUUGAUUCAAAUGGAAAAGAUAUGCCUUUAUCAUCUGUUUACCAUGAUGGGACGUUACAGUCCAUUUCAUGUGGCGGUCAGCCUGUUUACACUACCGUUCUCAGGGUUACAAAGGAUGAAGAAGAAUUUGUGUUCUCUGAUGUGCUUGAGAAACCUAUUCCAUCUCUCUUACGGGGUUAUAGUGCUCCGAUUCGCCUACACUCCGAUCUCACAGAGAAUGAUUUAUUUUUCCUUCUAGCUCAUGAUUCAGAUGAGUUCAAUCGCUGGGAGGCUGGACAAAUAUUGGCUAGGAAAUUGAUGCUUAGCCAAGUUGUUAAUUUCCAGAAAGAUAAACCGUUGGUUCUCGAUCCACAGUUUGUGCAUGGUAUUAAAUGCAUUCUUACGGAUUCAAGUCUUGACAAGGAAUUUAUUGCAAAAGCAAUCACUCUUCCGAGUGAAGGUGAAAUUAUGGACAUGAUGGAAGUAGCUGACCCUGAUGCAGUGCAUGCUGUUCGAUCUUUUAUUAGAAAGCAGCUUGCUUCUGAAUUGAAGCAAGAGUUCUUACAUCUGGUGAAAGAGAAUAGGAGCUCGGCGAAGUAUGAGUUUAAUCACACAAAUAUGGCAAGACGUGCUUUAAAGAACACUGCCCUUGCUUAUCUUGCAUCACUUGAAGAUCAAGAAAUCACCGAGCUUGUGUUGCAUGAAUACAAAACUGCCACAAAUAUGACAGAUCAGUUUUCAGCUCUGGCCGCCAUUGCCCAGAAACCGGGUAAAGCCCGAGAUGAUGCUUUGGAAGAUUUCUACAACCAAUGGCAGGAUGACUACUUGGUGGUUAACAAGUGGUUUGCGCUUCAAUCUACAUCGGAUAUUCCUGGGAAUGUGGAGAAUGUUCAGAAACUUUUGAGCCAUCAAGCAUUUGAUCUUAAAAAUCCCAACAAGGUCUACGCACUGAUUGGAGGAUUUUGUGCUUCUCCGGUAAAUUUCCAUGCAAAAGAUGGUUCGGGCUACAAGUUCUUAGGAGAUCUUGUGGUGAAACUGGACAAACUGAACCCUCAGGUGGCCUCUCGGAUGGUAUCAGCCUUUUCAAGGUGGAAGCGGUAUGAUGAAGCCCGACAAAACCUUGCCAAGGCACAACUGGAAGUGAUCGUGUCCUGUAAUGGGCUCUCGGAGAAUGUAUAUGAGAUUGCCUCAAAGAGUUUGGCUGUUUAGAAAGUGUCUUUUCUUUCUAUCGACGAGAGAGUCAAAGUUGAGAUCCUAUACAAGUGAAAUAAAAGUUGUUUUAGUUAUUAUGUACUAGUAUAUUGGCCAGAAACGGCAAGAACUUCAAUAAUUUUACAACUUUUUUCUGUCGACUCAAUUGAUGGAGACUUUCAGGUGAAAAACAAUUCACUUUUUCUCUUAAAGUUAUUACGUUGCAAAUUUGGAAAA